AUGACGUCCUCCUCGAGCGCCGCCGCCGCGUCUCUUCUUCGCCGACAGCUGAAGGAGAUGCAGCGUAGUAAGGACAUUCCCGGCAUCUCUUGCGGCCUAGUCAAUGACAACAAUAUCUUUGAGUGGGAGGUGAUGCUCAUGAUCAACGAUGACUGCAAAUACUACGGCGGUAAGUUUUGCGUCUUGCGCCUAGUCCCUUUCCUGAGGCAACUUUCGAGCCCACCUCAACUUCCCCUCAAAUUACCCUCUCAUGCCCCCUCGAUGACCUUCCAACAACCCAUUCCCUUCCACCCCAACAUCUACGAAACCGGCAAGCUCUGCAUCUCCAUCCUGCACCCACCCGGCGAGGACAUGUACGGGUACGAGUCGGCUUCGGAGCGGUGGAGCCCUGUCCAGACGCCCGAAACCAUUCUGCUCAGCGUCAUAUCCCUCUUCCACUCUCCAAACGACGAGUCGCCCGCCAACGUGGAGGCAGCUAGGUUAUUUAGGGAAGAGAGGGAAGGCCAGCACAAGGACUUCAGGAAGCGGUGUAGAGCCUGUGUCAGGGCGAGUCUCGGCGAGGACUGA